UAAUCGAAGCGAAAAGCAUACCACCAAAAUGUUCAAGCAGAUUAUCUUCGCUGCCCUCUUGGCUGUGGUCGCCGCUAAGCCCGGCAUCCACUCCGUAGCCUACCCAGCGGUAGCUGCCGCUUACACUGCCCCUGUUGCUGCGGCUUACGCUGCCCCUGUGGCGGCGGCCUACACUGCCCCUGUUGCUGCUGCCUACACCGCCCCUGUUGCUGCUGCCUACACUGCCCCGGUCGCUGCUGCCUACUCUGCUGCCUACACUGCCCCCGUCGCGUACGCUCCAGCCUACUCACCCUUCGUCUCAGCAGCCUACAGAGCGCCAUUGGUAUUCUUCGCUCUGUUGCUGGCGUUCGCCGCAGCCAAGCCGUACGUGUACGCGCCGUACGCAGCGUACACCGCGCCCGUGGCCGGCGCGUACUCUUACCCCUACAGUGCUGCCUACACCUACCCCUACUCAGCCUACUCAGCCUACUCAGCCUACACAUACCCCGCCUAUGGAGUGGGUGCAUCGUACUACAUUUAA